GAGCAGGACACCGGAGGGACGAUGGACACCCUGGCGUUAGAAGCCUCGCUGCCCAAACAGGGCCAGAGCGCGUCGGCGGCGCCCGCGCCCUCCAAGCGCAAGCCGGCCAAGAAGGCUAAAAAGGCUGUUGUUUUUUUCGAGGUGGAGAUCCUGGACGCCAAGACCAAGGACAAGCUCUGCUUCCUGGACAAGGUGGAGCCGAACGCGACUAUCGGGGAGAUCAAGUCGAUGUUCCAUAAGAGCCAUCCUCAGUUUUAUCCUGCCAGACAGUCCAUUCGUCUCGACCCCAAGGGAAAGUCUCUGAAGGAUGAGGACGUGCUGCAGCAUCUCCCUGUGGGAACCACGGCAACCUUCUACUUCAGAGACCUGGGAGCUCAGAUCAGCUGGGUUACGGUGUUCCUGACCGAGUACGCCGGCCCCCUGCUCAUCUACCUGAUGUUUUACUUCCGCGUGCCCUUCAUCUACCAGCCCAAAUACGACUUCACCACCAGCAAACACUGGGUCGUGCACCUGGCCUGCAUGUGUCACUCCUUCCACUACAUCAAGAGGCUCCUGGAGACGCUGUUCGUCCAUCGCUUCUCCCACGGGACCAUGCCGCUGCGCAACAUCUUCAAGAACUGUACGUAUUACUGGGGAUUCGCUGCAUGGAUGGCGUACUACAUCAACCACCCGCUAUACACACCGCCCGCGUACGGGGAGCAGCAGGUGAAGGCGGCGCUCAUCGUCUUCCUGUUCUGCCAGAUCGGGAACUUCUCCAUCCACAUCGCUCUGAGAAACCUGCGGCCACCAGGCUCCAAGACCAGGAAGAUCCCGUACCCCACCAAGAACCCCUUCACCUGGAUCUUCCUGCUGGUGUCCUGUCCUAACUACACCUACGAGUUGGGCUCCUGGCUGGGCUUCACCCUGAUGACCCAGUGUCUCCCGGUGGCCUUCUUCACCCUGGUGGGCUUCAUCCAGAUGACGGUGUGGGCCAAGGGCAAGCACCGCAGCUACCUGAAGGAGUUCCGCGACUACCCGCCCCUGCGCUCGCCCAUCCUGCCCUUCAUCCUGUGAUCCCGCCUCCGACCCGGACUUAAUUACCGCGCCCGUACGAAGGGACUAGGGGAAGCGCCCGCGGUGCGAUUCGGGACGUGACCCGGCACCCGACAACCACUGACGACCCGAUCGGUGGGAUUAAUUCAGAUAACGCCGGUGUGUGAACGAAUGAACCAUGAAUGAAUGAAUGAAUGCAGUAUUGACGCUAACGUGCUAAUAAAGAUUAAAAACAUGAUGGACA